AUGCAACGACAGUCUGAAGAGGCGCUCAACAAUAACAACAAAAAGCCAUCGGCGGCGCCGGCCAACGCUUUCUCCGCGCGCGGGCGUCGAGACCCCAGCGCGCGGCGCCGCCUCCACCCGCGCUUUCCUCUCGCGGCGGCGGCGGCGGCGCUGGCCUCGUUGGCAGCCAAUGGCCGCGCGGGGCCUACAUCCGCCAGGGCUACUAGGGAGAGCGGCGCGGCGCCCGCGCCAGUGCAGUCCCGGCCCCCGGACCGCACGCUCGCUCUCCUGCGCCUCCAGCUCCAGACGGCCACCGCCGCCCCCGCCGCCGCCAUGGAGAAGCAGGAGCCGCAGCCCGACUCCCUGGCCACGGUGGCUGUCAAGCCCGACUACCCGCCCUCGGAGGUGUACGGCUCCGAGCCGCCCCCGGCGUACCAGAAGAUCCGCUCCAACUCGGUGCAGAUCGCGCGCAUCGCCGCAGUCGCCCUCGUCGCCAUGAGCGUCAUCCUGGGCGUCUUCAUCCUGGCCGCCGCCUACGUCAGCGCCACGGCCUCCUGCCAGAGCAUGCACCACGUGAGUACGCAAUGUUUACUCAAAUGCGCCAGUAUGUCAGAUAUAACAAGGCAGAGCGAGACCAAUAAAGAAGCCGUACAGAUUCAACAACUGGUUCGUUUUCCAAUGCGGAACAAAAUAACAGAUGUUAAUGAGGAACGUUUGGAACAGAUUUCUGUACGCACGACUACGAUCGCGCUGAGAACCGGGCGUGUGCAAACGCAGCCGGAGCGAGCGCCGCCGCGGCCUCCUCCUCCUCCUUUCAGCCUCCCGGCGCCCGGGCGGGGGCGUCCUUGCAGCGCGGGCGUCGCGGGCGGCGCGGCGCCUCUCUGCGCCGCUUUCUCCGCCCGUCGCCCUCCGCGCCCGCGCCGCCGCCGCUUCCCUUUCGCGCUGGGGCCUUGUGACCGCCUGCUCCCGUUAGCGCGCGCGGAUCUGGGACUCGAAGCCGGGACACCGCCGCCCCGGCCUCGCCCUCCCUUCGCCAAACCUGCGGGCGGCUUUCUCGGACCUUCGCGGCCAGUGGAGUCUAUUCUCACGUUUCUAGGUCAUCCACGCUGGGAUGCUAGCUUUGGCUAA